UCCGGACGAGUUAUGACAAGCUGCUGAGCCACAAAAAUCCCUGCAAACAGAGAAUUUUUAACUGCAACAAUUUCCAAAGUGUACAUCUUUCCCAAAGUUCACCCUUCAACAAAACUUCCGAAAAUCCAAACCUCUGAUCACCCCAAUUAGGCCAAUUCACCAAUCACCGCCUCUCCCACCUCAAAAGAAAAGCACACACAAUCGCACGAGAUUCUUCUCUCUGGUUUAAGUCCCACAAAUCAGGGUCAAGCCGCAGACUUUCUCUCUCCCUUAUUUCCUCAGUCCACACACACACUAAGAGGUAGGGAGCAGGUAAAUAAGAAGGAUUAUUGAUUGAGAGGGAGUAAAGGCGAGUGCUUUCUCUCUCUUUUUAUCUGUCAAGAAGAGAGAAUUGAUGGAGCUGGUACCGUAUUCUGAUCCGAAAUCAGAAUCCAGUAGCUCCAGUUUACCAUGGCAAGAAAUGUUCCGAUCAGCUUCAAUCAGAAAACCUGACGCAUCACCUCAGAAUCACCAGGCUUCAGCGGAACCCCAGAUGCCCUCUGCUUCUACAAGCCAAGAAAAUCCCAACAAUUUUCCCUCUGGGGACCCUCAGGUACGCCUAGCUCUGUACAUAGCAAUGGCUCAUGCUGGCCUGGCCUUGACCAUUUUCAUUCUUUACGCUGUCUGCAAAUUGCUUGAAGAAUAUCUGAGACCUAUACUUUGGGCUGUACUUUGUUCAAUUCCCUUGAGGAGAAUUCAGCAGACCCUUGUUGGGUUCUGGUCUGAACCUCUGAAAUUAGGCCUUACUGAAACCAUCUUGGCUGUCCCUGUAGCCAUUUUCAGGAUCUUUGUUGGAACCCUGGUUGAGAUGAAAGAUAUGAUUUUGAGAACUGUUCUCAGGAAGAAGAAAGCUGAUGUUGUUAGGACUCACAGAAGUGGCUUUUAUAAAUUAUUGAGGUUGCUUGUCUCCUUUGGGGUGUUUGUGAUGGCUUACGAGCAACUUGGGGGCGUUGGAUCCAUGGCUUUGCUUGCAAUGGGCUUUAUGUUUUCAUCUACUGGUGUGGAGUCAACUAUGGAUGCUGUGACAUCCUUGAGGACUCAUAGCUUUCGUCGAAGUCCAGUCACUGCAUUUUUCACUAGAGGGAUACUGAAGAGAUUGAAAACCAUUGUGGCAAUUGCAUUAAUUGUUGGAAUCGGUGUAGGGACUUUGGCCGGCGUAAUUUUCUUUUCUUAUAAAAUUGGAGUUGAGGGGAAAGAUGCAGUUAUUGCGCUGAAAUGCCAUGUAGAGGAGAGCAAUUAUACUGAGAGAAUUGGUGUUAGGAAAUGGAUGGAUGAAAAUGAUGUGCCCGGGAUGGUGGAUAGGUAUACUACCACGUUCUAUGAAACUGUGUCUGACCAGAUUGAUGGUUUGGCAAUGCAGUAUAAUAUGACUCAGUUUGUAACAGAGAUGAAGCAGUUUCUGAUAAACCAACGAGUGAACUCUCACUCCACGGCCCUGAGUAGCCCUUCUCCUUUUGCUGAGAAAAUCUUGAGCCUGAAAAGGAGGGUCAAGGAUCGUGAAUGGGGCCUAAUAUACACAGAGUUGGAUGCACUUUUCAGGGAAGUGCUGAUUAGUAGAGAGGAUAUUGUUGAGAAGGCAAAAGCAUUCGCUCUUCAAGGAGUGGAUGUGAUGCAACGAAUUCUUAUUAGUGGAAAAUCUGUUCUGGGGGUCAGUGCAAAUAUCAUGUUCUUGAUUGGAAAUUCCAUUGUUUCUGGAGCUGCAGGUCUUUUAUAUUUUAUAUCUCAGUCCAUGGUUUUCCUCUGGGUCUUGUAUUACCUCAUCACAUCAGAGUCUGGUGGCGUAACAGAACAAGUAAUGUGUAUGGUUCCCAUUUCACAUUCAGCAAGGACUCGAUGUAUAGAGGUUCUUGAUAAAGCUAUUUCUGGGGUCCUGUUGGCAACUGCUGAAAUUGCUUUCUUCCAAGGAUGCCUGACUUGGCUUUUGUUCAGAUUCUCCUCUAUACAUUUCUUGUAUAUGUCAACCAUACUUGCUUUUAUCAGCCCCUUGUUCCCAAUCUUCCCAUCAUGGCUUGCAACAAUUCCUGCGGCUCUACAGUUGGUGCUAGAAGGCAGAUACAUAAUAGCUAUCGGUUUCUCCAUUAUUCAUCUCUUUCUUAUGGAUUAUGGUACGUCUGAAAUUCAAGAGGAUAUCCCAGGUCACAAUGCAUAUCUUACUGGUCUUAGCAUAAUCGGUGGGAUGACAUUGUUUCCAUCUGCAAUAGAGGGAGCCAUCAUGGGGCCGCUGAUAACUACUGUUGUUAUUGGUAUUAAAGAUUUGUAUGUGGAGUUCGUCUUCGACGAACCAAAGGAGGGUGACGAAUAGGAGGAGACUUCCAAGGCUUUCUUCAGCAUAUCUGUUUGCUGCUUUGAACCGGCGAGUAUUUCCUUGUCCAUUGUGCCAUUAUGCGACCCAACCGAGACAGCAGGUGAAUUGAUAGCAAAAUUUUUCAUUUUGCCUGGGGACUUUAGUCAAUGGGCGUGUAAAAUUGUAGUCGUCAAUGUGCAUUGCCUGCCCUUUUUCUGAGGCAGAUCGUACAUACUGUGUGUGUUUUCGGAAGGAGAGUUGAUUUUUGGCAAUGGAGGCUUGAUUUACACUUGCUCUCA